AUGUGGCGGUUUUUGUUCUUAUUGGAAGCCGUGACGGCAGAGAAUACGGCUUCAUCCCUUACCGCUGCCGAUGUUCUUGCUCAAAGUAUCGACGGAUCUUCAGCGCAUGAAUUUCGUGGUUACUAUAAGAGAGAACACUCACUUGUUCGACCUUAUCAAGGUACGGGGAUGGCGAUUCCUUUCUGGAGCAUCCAGGGUAAUGCUGUUGCCACUAAUGAACACAUCCAGUUAACAGCUGACCAGCAAAGUCAGAACGGCGCCAUCUGGAAUAUUCAGCCUGUCUGGUCACGUGACUGGGAACUCCAGGUAUCCAUCAGAAUCUCUGGUUCUACCGGUGACUUGUAUGGAGAUGGACUGGCCAUAUGGUACGUCUCAGAACCAAAUAAAAUGGGACCUGUAUUUGGCGGAAAAGACUAUUUCCGCGGACUCGGUGUCUUUCUAGAUACAUACAGCAACCACAAUGGUCCACAUACGCACGGUCAUCCAUACAUCUCAGCAAUGGUUUCUGAUGGCUCUCUACACUAUGACCAUGAUAAGGAUGGCACUCAUACUCAACUAGGUGGCGAGAACACAGGAUGCGAAGUGAAGUUGCGAAACAAAGAUCAUGAGACACAGCUGCUUGUGAGAUAUGUUGGAGACACACUCUCUGUUUUCACUGAUAUUUCUGGAAAAUAUGAAUGGAAAUUGUGUCUUAGCGUGAACAACGUGCAGCUUCCAACUGGAUAUUACUUCGGCAUUAGUGCAGCAACUGGAGACUUAUCAGAUGCUCACAGUGUUGUUUCGGUAAAAAUGUUUGAACAGGAUUUUGCUCAUGUCGAUAAAGCUGAUGAAGUGAGUAUUUCCCAUAUGCUUUCGUUGUUAAACAUGAUAUCGCAGUUCCAAGCUGCACCUCGUGAUCAUGUUGACGAUCCUCGGCCCUCGAAACUUGGAUGGUUCGGCACUCUUCUUCUAAUCAUAGUUGGUUGUGUAGUUCUGGUGGGAGGUUUGGGAUUUGGCGUAAUAUUCUUCCAGAAAAGGAGUGAGCGUCAAAGAAAGAGAUUUUAUUGA